ACCCUGGCCCACAGGCACCUCUCGGGAUGCCUGCCCGCUCUAGCUGGCUCCCAAGUGAAGAGGUUCUCGGCCUCCAAGCGGAAGCAGCACUUCAUCAACCAGGCCGUGCGGAACUCAGACCUUGUGCCCAAGGCCAAAGGGCGGAAGAGCCUCCAGCGCCUAGAGAACACCCAAUACCUCCUGACCCUGCUGAAGACAGACGGGGACACACUUGGUCCGGAGGAUGGGGACCUGGCACCCCCCGCAGCACCUGGCAUCUUUGCGGAGGCCUGCAGCAAUGAGACCUAUGUAGAGGUCUGGAAUGACUUCAUGAACCGCUCCGGGGAGGAGCAGGAGCGGGUCCUCCAAUACCUGGAGGAUGAGGCCAAGAGCAAGGCCCGGAGAAGGGGACCUAGCCGGGGGGUGGACCGGAGGAAAGAGGACCCAGCCUACACCCCCCGAGAGUGCUUCCAGCGCAUCAGCCGGCGUCUGCGAGCCGUUCUCAAGAGGAGCCGCAUCCCCAUGGAAACGCUGGAGACCUGGGAGGAGCGGCUGCUGAGGUUUUUCUCAGUGUCUCCCCAGGCCGUGUACACGGCCAUGCUGGACAACAGCUUCGAGAGGCUCCUGCUCCAUGCUGUCUGCCAGUACAUGGACCUCAUCUCAGCCAAGCACCUGUGGUCCUGGCCUCACACAGGGCGAUGCUGUGGACACAGACCCCACCUCCAUCCACAUCUUCAGAGCCAGAGGGAGAGAGGGGCCUAUGUGAGGGUGAUGAAGCUGAGCUUCGAGGGGACCCCAGUGUCUGCAGGGUCCUCAUUUAGCCAUACUCCCCUCUGCUGUGCCACACAUGACUUCUGGCAAGUGCCCCUUCUUGGGGCCUGUGUCCCCAGUUAUAAAGGGGGUGGGGGUGGUCUUGGGACACCGCCCUCUAGGGAUGGUGCUUGUAGGCCUUUGCUGUCUGUCUCGCUGUUUCCUGCCCAGAGUCGCUUAGGAGACAGUUCCCAUGGCAACCCCAAGAUGGAGGUAAAGAUGUCCCACAUUGGCCGCGCGCCUCAGCAGGAAUAG